UCUGCAGGUCUGUUGGGCAGCGUUCGCUUCAAUGGCUCUUCCCAGAACUACAGCACCCUCCUGCUGGAGGAGGAGGCCGGGCGGCUGUACGUGGGAGGCAGAGGAGCUUUGUACACACUCAACACCUCCAACAUCGCCACACCUGGAAACCUCACAAUUGAUUGGGAUGCAUCCCCUGAACAGAAGAAGCAGUGUCUGAACAAAGGAAGAGACAAUCAGACGGAGUGUUUCAAUCACAUCCGCUUCCUGCAGCGAUACAACGAGACUCACCUCUACGCCUGCGGAACAAACGCCUUCAGACCUCUCUGCGCUUAUAUAGACGCAGAGCGCUUCGGCUUCUCCUCGGGCUUUGAGGACGGCAGGGACCGGUGUCCCUACGACCCGGCAAAGGGAUACACUGGCCUCCUCCUGGACGGAGAGAUGUUCACGGCCUCUCAGUACGAGUUUCGCAGCUCUCCAGACGUGCGCAGGAACUUCCCCUUCCCCACGCUCAGGACCGAGGAGGCCCCGACCCGGUGGCUUCUGGAGGCGGACUUUGUGGGCUCGGUGCUACUUAAGGAGAGUGUCAACAGCUCCAUCGGGGACGACGACAAGAUUUACUUCUUCUUCACGGAGAGAAGCCAGGAGCAGGUUGCCUACCCGAGCCAGACCAAGGUGUCCAGGGUCGCCCGAGUCUGCAAGACUGACUGGGGGGGCCAGCGGACCCUACAGAGGAAGUGGACCUCGUUCCUCAAGGCCAGAAUGGUUUGUUCGGUCCCGGAAUACGAGCUGCACCUCAAUAUCCUGCGCAGUGUGUUUGUGCUGCAGGGUCGGGACGCUCAGAGCAGCAUUUUCUAUGGCGUCUUUGGCCUUGAGUGGAAGAAUAUCAAGGCCUCUGCGAUCUGCCAGUACGCCUUCUCAGAAGUGCACAAGGUUUUCGAGGGGCCGUACAUGGAGGUGCAGGACUCAAAGUGGAGGGAGUACACGGGGAAGGUGCCCGAGCCGAGACCUGGAUCUUGUAUGACAGAUGUGCACCGGUCCCAGGGCAUCAACUCGUCUCGUGAUCUCCCAGACAAUGUCCUCACCUUCGCCAGAAGGCAUCCACUCAUGGCCGGCCAGGUGCACCCAGUGGGAGUGCGCCCCCUCUUGUUCAAGAGGAGCGUCAACUAUGUCAAGAUAGUCGUGCACAGGGAGCCGGCACUGGAUGGAAGCAUUUAUACCGUCCUGUUUUUGGGAACUGAUGACGGCUGGCUGCACAGAGCUGUGGACAUCAACGGAGAUGUGCACAUCAUAGAAGAGCUGCAACUGUUUGACAAACCUCAGCCCGUAGAGAGCUUGGUCAUAUCCACAGCUCAGCGGAGCAUCUACGUGGGCUCACACUCUGGAGUCGUGCAGGUACCGAUGUCAGCCUGUGGGAGAUACACUUCCUGUUAUGACUGCGUGUUCGCCAGAGACCCGUUCUGCGGCUGGGACGGGAGGGCGUGCGUAGAAAUAUCUUCACGUGCACAGAGGUGAGGUGGACACCAACGUGCACAUUCUCCAGUAACGAA